AUGCAUUUUCUUGCCAUCAUAUCGACUAUAGGUGGCAUGUUGUUUGGCUUUGACAUUUCUUCGAUCUCUGCCAUCAUCAUCACGGAUCAAUACGUCGGUUACUUCCACAAUCCGUCCGGACUAUGGCAGGGAGGCAUUGGAGCUGCUUUGGCAGGAGGGUCGAUCGUUGGAGCGAGCUGUUCUGGUUUUAUAUCAGAUAAAUUCGGGCGUCGGGACUCCAUUGCUUUCGCCUGCCUCUGGUGGCUAGCCGGCACAGCAGUCCAAGUCGCCACCACCUCCCGCGCCGAACUCAUCGUCGGUCGCGUCCUCAACGGCGUCUGCGUCGGCAUCACCUCCUCUCAAGUCCCCGUCUACCUCGCCGAGAUCGCGAAGAAAGACAAGCGCGGUUCGAUCAUUGUGAUCCAACAGCUUGCGAUUGAAAUCGGGAUCCUGGUGAUGUAUUUCAUCGGGUACGGAUGCAGCUUCAUUCCUGGACCUACGGCGAGUUUCCGGACGGCAUGGGGGAUCCAGUUCAUUCCGUGCUUUGUCUUGCUCGUUGGUCUACCGUUCUUGCCGCGGUCGCCGAGAUGGUUGGCCAAGGUUGGGCGGACUGAGGAGGCUGUGACCGUAUUGGCGAACAUCCAGGCUGGCGGGGACAAGACGGAUCCACUGGUUGUUGCUGAGUGGGAAGAGAUCACCACGGUCCUUGCUGCUGAGAGGGAGGCGCUCCCGGGCUGGCAGAAGUUUGUCAAGAAUGGCAUGUGGCGGAGGACUUUUGCCGGGUUCUCGGUGCAGGCCUGGCAGCAGCUGUCGGGUGCUAAUGUCAUGACUUACUAUCUGACCUACAUCUUCUACAUGGCGAACUUGAGCGGAAACGUCACUUUGAUCUCUGCGGGCAUUCAAUAUGCCUUGUUUAUCAUAUUCACAUCUCUGACAUACCUGUUCAUCGACAAGACCGGGCGGAGGCCCCUGCUCAUCGCCGGAGCCAUCGGUAUGGCGGUCUGCCACUAUGUGAUCGGUGGCAGUCUCGGAAUGUACGGCAAAUAUGUCCCCGAAGGAGUGCACGGAAACGACAACGUCAGGAUCAGAGUUACUGGCUCGCCUGCGUACACCGUCAUUGCCUUCUCAUACCUUUUGAUCAUCGUUUAUGCUCUGACGUUGGCGCCUGUCUGUUGGGUGUACGCGGCUGAAGUGUGGUCGCUUGAGACUCGCGGUAAGGGGAUGGGCAUCGCCGCCACCGGCAACUGGCUGUUCAACUUCGCCCUCGGCCUCUUCGUCCCACCGGCCUUCAGGAACAUCACCUGGAAGACCUUCAUCGUCUUCGGCACCCUCUGCCUUGGCGCCGCCAUCCAGUUCUUCUUCUCGUACCCAGAGACCGGGCGGAAGACGCUCGAGGAGAUUGAAGUCUUGUUCCGGUCUGGUGGUCCGAAGCCUUGGAAGACGACGAUGGGAGAGUCGUCGCUCGAUGAGCGGACGGCGAGUGUCGUCGCUGAGAGGAGGCAGGAGAGUCUGGCGGAGGAGGGCAAGGCGCAGAUGGUGAGGGAGGAUGGGACGGUGGAGACGGUGGAGAAGGGGGGUAGUGAUGAGAAGUUGUCUGUGUAG